AUUUCAGAUUGAUUGAAGUAUUGUUCUUUCAUUUACAAAUUUUUAUGACUCGUUUAAUGUGGAAAUUAUGGUUAGAACACGAGGUUUGGGUCGAGCUUUAGGAAGGGUUAUAGGAAGAGCCCUAGGGAGAGAAGUCAGUCAUGAUACAGAUGAUGCUCCCCAGCGGCGAAGGCCCAUAGCAUCUGCACGUAGGCAACGAAAAGUUGCACCUGUUGUUGAGGAUGUUGACGAUAUGGAUCAUGCGGAUGAGGAGGUCCAUGAACAACCUGAACAAGCAGUUGGUGUUGAUGUGUCAACUGAUGCUGAGGGUUUUCCAAGCGGACCCCACGACACAUCAGUGUUGCAAGACUAUGUUUAUCAUGUGGCCGUGAAAGUUUGGAGUGGAGAGGAACGUCCUGAGCUGAAGUUAUGCUCCCAUGGAAGAAAGGUCGAGAAGUUUGGCAAGCCUACCCCUAAGAUCGAAGGCUUAGUGGCUGUCACAAAAUUAAGUCCUCUAAUCACAUGUUCGCUAGACACUGGUGAUUGGGGACUUAUGUCUGCUUUCAUGGAGAUGUCAUGAUCUGCAUAUUAAAGGAGUCAUAAAAAUUUGUAAUCGGUAUACUUCUUACAGAUUACCAAUCCGUAAUUUCAUUUAAUUUUAUGGAUUACCAAUCCGUAAAACUAAAUGAACUUAUGGAUUUCCUAUUUACAAAACAAAAUAAUAAAAGCUUACCUCCGCUGUCGACCAAACCAUCCACCGCCACGACCACCACUUGCCGACCAACCACCAAAGACGACACAACAGCGAACGUCAAACUCUCACCAAUAACCUCUCAGGCAACGAACACAACAAACGACGAUGAACGAAAACGAAAACAAGGGACUCUAAAGCUCGGACGCAAAAUGAAGAAGGAUACUGAUACUUAUAAGCCAGGGGUAUAAUGGGUAUUUAAAAAAAAUUGUUGGGUGUACCAGCAAAUUUGCUGGUGCCCCAAGCAAAACCCUUGCUAUUAUUUUCUAGAAAAUACCUUAUUGACCCAAUUAGUCAUCUUUAUUUAUGUCUUUUACAUAGUUCAUGACUACAA